GGGCCGAGGCGCGCGCGCGGGAGGUUUGAAGGCGCCGCCAUGGAGUUGCCCCAGCGGAAGGCGGGCGCGGAGCUGGCCGCUGGCUGGACAGAGUCCGGGACGGAGGUGAAGGUGGACACCCUUACGCUGCUCCGACUGAGGGACCAGAUGAAGCAGCAGCUUAUGGAGUACCGGACUGCGAUUCAGAGCGAUCAAGAAAAUGACCUUGAUGAAUUAAUUGAACAAAACUUUAUCGUGAGUGCCAUACGAGUUUUGUGGAAAGAUGCGGAGAAAGUAAAAGUCGCUUUCAAGAACAAGACGUUAGCCUUGCAAAGGAUCCAGGUUGCACUUGCCCUGAGAAACAAAGUGAACGAAAAUGAUAAUGAGUCCCGACACAUCAUGGAAACUAUGAAACACAUCAUAAACCUCAGCAAAGAAGUAUCCGAAUGUCAACAGGAAGCACGUGAGAAGGAAAGGAAAUUGUCUGAAUUUAAAAGGAAGAGAUUAUCACUGAAAGAAGAGGAGGCACAGAAACUACAGCGUAUUCAUACCAUGAUGAAAAAACAAGAGAAAGAAGCAAAUACAGAAAUUGGCAAAAAGCUGGAGAAGAUAAAAACAAACUUACAAAAAGAGAGAGAGAUGACUACAAUAAUUCAAAAUGUAUUCCAGAAUAUCAUAAUUGCAAGCAGAGUCAACUGGGCAGAAGAUCCAUCCUUAAAGGCAAUUGUUCUACAGCUUGAAAAAAACGUCAAUUUUCUCUGAGUCAGAAGAAAUACAUUUUAAUUAUAUACAUGUGUGAAACCAGUGUGCUAACUUGAUGGAUUAAUAAUGAUCAUGAAAGUACUCUUUAUUGAUUUGAAGUUUUAAGCUUUCCGGAAGUUGUUCAGUCUAUCGACUCACAACACAGCUCUUUGAAGUAGAAUUUAAUUUCUGCUUCACAAGUGUUUGAACAAGUAAUGCAGCUGAUGAAAGUACCUGAAGAGCCUCUUCAUAGCCGUCUUGUCCCUCGUGCUCAUCGCUCUCUGACAGGCAGCAGUAACACAAGAAAGAAUGAUAAUCUCUGUAUUUCAGGCUUCUAUGUAAAAAAGUGCUUGAAGGGCUUUGCCGUUUCUGUCCUCUUCCCCUGACCAGCAGCAGAUUGCAGAGCUCAGGCCAGAUGUAUAACCCUCCUCUGCCUCUAUGGAAAGCCCAUACUUAGUUACGACAGUCUUUGGUUUCAGUUGGUUGUUUUCCUCCUUUUUAUUUUUCUCAUUAAAG